UGUUUGUUGUCGAAUGUAGUUUUAGGUAUCCAAACUUUGGGUACUGUAUAUGGAAUAACUCCAAUCAGAGGUAACAAGACAAUGUGGAGAUACCGAUGUUUGUUGGAAGAGUCUCCGUUGACACAAACUACCUGUCUGUGAUGAUGUAGUUGGCGGCGUUGUGGAAGGAAGACGCUUGUACUCGCGGACAUCGCGUUGUCGAGAACGUACGCGAAGCUCCUGAGAGCUACCAUGGGUAACAUUCACUGCUGUGUCCUUCCUUCACCUCGUGGUGGACCUGCAGUGAAAAACGAACCCUAUGAUAGAACAGGGCAUGCCAACGAGACGUUCGAACUACCGCACAUUAGCGAUAGAGAAGGUAGCGGUGAGCAAAUUGUUUGUGAAAGGCCAAGAGGUUAUAGUGAUUGCAUGCUCGGCGAAGCGAAUUGGAUGAUUGAUGUUUUUUCGUCUAAUUUCUUCUCAGAUCUAUCAAACCACAAAGGAACCUUAUUUUUACAUCGAUCCCUCUCCAAUCCAGGUAAGAUAAAUGACGGUUGAUUUUGCAUGUUCUCGAUUUUAUAACUAGGGUGAAACACAAUUCGAUCAUCUUUGAGUCACAUGUUUGUGUUCUGUUCGAAUGUAUAAGAUACUAGCAACCUUAACUCCUGUCUUGCAUAAGGAACAAAUCUUCCCUAAAACUUGCUUCGAUUUUCCCUCAAAACACAGCAGAGUUGCCAUCACCCGAGUUUGUGAAAAUACGACUCAAAAAACUGUCGUCUGUGUAAUUCAGAAUUUUUAAUAACAGUAUUUAAUUUAUCUUGUGACCUACGUUUCCAUGUUUUGGAUUAACAUCACACUACAAUUUAAUUUACAAAAGGAGAUUUCAAGGUGAUCCAAAAGUAAUUUGUGUCAACGUUCUACGGAUCACGCAACUGGAUCUUUUGGAGAUCCGUGAGAUUAAAAUCCAAUAUCUUGGUCAACUAAUCUGACCUGUUGUCUACACCACACAUGUGAUCCGUGACAACGCGAAAUAUGUUCUUAAAUUCCCUCGAAAAGCCCUGAUUAUUGUUUUCCUGUGUAAAUUUCUUGAUGAUGAGUCUUUCUUUUUUUCCUAAUGGAAAGGUAUGGUACAUAAUUUUGUAGGGAAUUUUUGUCUGUACCGAAUCAAAAUCUCAAGAUUCAGACAAUAGGCUAAACUAACUAACCACACCUGACUUGUUAGGUUAUCGUCUUUGGUUGUAAAUCUACUUAACCCUUUAAACCCAAAGAGUGACCAGGAUCUUAUUUCAUCUAACUUUAAUAUUUCCGAAUCACUCAGUAAGAUAAUUAGAAUAAAGGAAAUAAUUUCCAACCCAGGAAGCUACAAUGGUUGACCUUUAACUUCCAGAAGUGAUUUACAUGUAACUUCUCCCAACAGUAUCCAUACACUGUCUAACAAACAGGUAAUGAGAUUACUCAAACUUAUCAGUAAGAAUUUGUUAUCAUGAUAUAACACCAAAUUCUUGUAACUGAAUUACAAGGAAAUGUGUAACAGCUAGAUGGGAGAAUGAACAACCAAAUCUUGGGAGUGAAAGGGUUAAACAGAUUCCCCCCUUGUCAGUAUCAAAGGAAAUGUAUAAAGAAGAGCAUAGAGAUAUUGAUGCUGGGAUGUAAAAGGCUAAAGCCAAUUCUCCUGGAAAAGUUUCUCUUGUGAUUUUAAGAAAAGCAACAUGUGUCUUUCUGUUUAAAAAUGACUGCUGCUAUGACUCGUCAUAAAAUUUUUAAAUGUGGUGACAUUUUGCAUGAUCAUCACAAUGUUAAAUUUAAGUUGUAAGCUGAUUCCAUGUAAUGGCUAUCUCUGUAAAUCAACCCUUAAAUUCUUGGGAAUGAUGCAUUUUUGGCAAAGCCACACUUAUCCCAGAUAUGAUGGCUGAUAUAUACAGUGUGAAUGGAAGAUGAAAGUCUGAAGUCCAAUGAGCCUACUGGGAUCCUAUUUAUUUGUGAGGAAAGUUGCUCGAGUAACUUUCAGGAGGACUUUCAGAGAGGUUGUUUGAAUCCUGUUUGAACACCUAGCGAAAAACCUUGCAUACAUCUUCAAAUGCAACAGUAGUGAACUAUGGUUCCCAAUCUGAGUGACAGUGAACAGCAGAGGUAUUGAGAUGCUGCACUUCCUGAGUAUCCCUCUAACUCCCAAGAUCUGGUUGUGAAUUCUCCUUCCUAGCUGCCACACAUUUCCUUGUAAAUUAGUUGGGAUAAUUUGAUUUUUGAUAAAGAUAACAAUUUUUCCUGAAAAGAAUGAGUAUUCUUGCUACUUGUUUGCUGGAUAAUGUACAGAAUGAUGUUAUAGGGAGAAGUGACAUGUUAAUCACUUCUAAGAGUGUAUAGGGUUAUUUAUUUAAAUGCUUUUUUGUUAUCACUAACCCCUACUGCAAUGCCCAUGGUCAUAUUUAUGACCAGUUAUACUGGUCAUGAUGAUACUUCUGAUAAGAUUAUUAAACUAAGUAUAAUUUUCAUUAUUACAAUGAGAUUGAUUAGAUUGGAUAUAAACUAAGUGUAAUUUUUUUAUUCUAAGGUAACAAUGGAAUGUUUCCUGGAAGACGUACAUUUUCAACAGGAAGUGAUUCAAAGAAGAGAAAUGGGAUGGGGGUAAGAUCAGAUACGUCCAGUAUAAAUGUGUUAUCCCAAAGGUUGAUUAGAAAAGAAUGCUUUAAAUCCAGGCUUAUUUACAGCCCUUGUUUCCUAGGGAUGAAGUUAUCUAUCUAAACAUUUUUUUUUUGUUCAUAAAUGACCCCUUUUUUUGAGGAGAUGUUAAUUUAUAAUCGUUGUAAAGUUAAAAAUGUAGCUGAUUGCCUCAUUCAGCUAAUGCUCACUUUUUACUGCACCAAGAGCAUGGCAUAGGCUAUGAGUAAGUGCACUUGAAUCUGGGUCAAGCUGCACAUCCUCUCCCUUGCUCUGGCCUAAGAGGCCGUCAUAUUGUGGUGGUCAUGUGGUCACAUGCUCUUCUCUCUCAUUGGCUCUCUGAACCAAGAGAACAGGAAAAUAGGGAAGAGAGGGAAAUUUUCCUUGGGAUGGAGGAGUUGUAUCAAGUCCACAGGGCCAAAAAUAAAUCUUAAAUCCAGCAUGCCCUAGACAAGUAGAUUAAGAUGUUAAUAUAUAGAUUUAGCCAAGCCUAAAAGUGGAGCUCGCAUUUUUUUUUCCCGCAUGUCUCAAGGGCGCAAUGCCUUGCCCCGGCCAGGAUUAGAACCUGGGUCGUCCAACUUGGAGCCCAGUACACUGACCACUGGACUACUAAACAAAGCCGUGGCACUGGCGUGCCUGCAAUACAGUUGACCACACAUGUCAAAAGUAGCACUAUUUUGUAUCAUUAUGGGGCUACGCUCUGCGAGCUCCACUAUCAUGUUACCAGUACUUAAUUGAUGUCAAUAAUGCUCAGACUGUAGAGUAUUUAUAUCUUUACCGAAAAAAAGUUAGAGGUUCUCUUUCCAAUUACUUAGUUUUAAACUUAGUCAUGCACCAUAAUUUGACUUUUUUAUUUUCUCAAGGGAACUCUGACAAGAAAAUGUAGCUCUUGUUCAACAAUCUUUCUUGAUGACAGUACAGUGAGUCAGCCCAACCUUAAAUCUACUAUUAAAUGGUAAAGUAUUUCACUGACAUUAGAGAAGGGGGGGGGGAUUAGGUAUGACCCUCGUAAAAUUUUCUUGACACACCCUAUUCCCCUUUCAAUGAUGAAUUAUCUGUGAGCACUGGAGUUUUCUUAUAACUAACAUUGAAAGGAGGGAAGGGAGACGUCAAGCUGGAUUGUUUAAAUAAUUUUUUGAAAGGUUGGUUGUCACAGUUACAAAUUUUCUUGUACCUUUUGUGAAGUGGCCAUGGCAAACUCUUGGACACUUAGGAAUGCAAGGUUUAUAUUUGAUUUGGUGAUUAUCUCUAUAAUUCCUUUUUCACUCACAAAAUAAAAGCAAACGGCACAAACGUCAUAUUGUGCAAAUAAUGCUUGUAGAAUUCAGGUACACCAUGAAUUAACCUCAAAGUUAGCAACAAUUAAGAUAUUUUCUUUACAAAAACACAGUCUUAAACUGUGCUAUUAUUUUUUCACAGUGUGGCUUUGGCGAUAUAUUACCAUAUUAAGAACAGGUGGGUAAUUGUUAUGUCUGUUUUGAAGUAUACACAUGUACUGUUUUGUUUCUCUACAAACAGUUGUUAUAAAUUGUUUUAGCUGCUGUAAUACAUCUUAAAGUGGCUCUUUCAGCUGUUUUAUUCAAUAAACAUGUGCUGUUUACCUCAGAAUCUUUAGUUCUAUAGAAAAAAAUAGGAUCAAAAAUUUAUAUUCUGCUUGAUUUUAAUUUGAUUAAAUUAAGAUUGAUUGCGAUUAAGGAAAAUUGUGACAAAGAAGAAACAGGAGCACAUAAUUAUUGACACAGGGCAGUUUGCCAUGUAUGAAUUUUUGUUACUCAAAAUUUAUCAAGGAGAACAAUUUAGUUAAUAGCUUAUUUUGUGUUUUUGGUAAUAUUUGCACGAUAUUUGCAUGCACUUUCCUUUAAAGCAAAAGUACUGUUUGAAUUAAUUUUUUUCUUUGUUUAUCCUCAAACGGAAGUUGUUGAAUUUUUGUAAAACACUUAUAUUGUCAAUUCUGCUACCCUGAAGGUAGACAUUUACUUAAUUAUGUUCUUAGUGUUCCAGUUUUACCAAACGAUUGCCAAAGGCAAAGAUUAGUAGAUUAUGGUAAACCACAUUCAAAUGCAAAGUUCUUUUGUGCUCUGAUGCUAUCAGUACACAGGCCAUACUUCCAAUAAUUACUGAAAGUGGUUUUUUUUUCUUUUUUGGCUUUAAUUUGAAAAACAUUUAAUUUGUUGCUAGAUUUACCCCACACUGAAAAAACAUCUUACUCUAUUUCUUUACUGAGCUCAAAACUUGCCAUCCCUCUUAUUCUUUUCACAAACACAAGGCUAUGAACAAUGCUGAUCCUAGAAAUAUGCAGGGUGUGUGUCAUAUGAACUUCGUAGUAGACCUUGCUCACAGUAGAGUCUCUGUGGCUCAGUGGUAGAGCAUCGAAGUGUGGAAUCUGAAGGUCUGAGUUUCGAUUCCUUAUGGGGACUGAGAAUAUUUUCUUUGUCCCUUGCUUGUGAGAAGACAAAAAAACAUAUUUCUCAACAUUUAGUUGAUAUAAUAUCGAAAUGAAGUCUCAUUCUUUACUUCAGAGACCAUGAUGUGCGUUCUCUGGACAUAUUUGAUGAAAAAGCUCACCCUCUCACAGUAAGGAACUUUUAAGGAAUAUUAAUUAUUUAAAACAAAUCAUGCGCAUUUGUUAAGAAGCAUAAAUCUGAUUUGAGUGCAUAAUAAAGUAGUUAUGUCACAUACGGUGGUUUGAAUCCUUUGAUAUAAGAUUCAAGUAAAGAUAUCUUGGACAACAACUGAAAAUUUGAAAUUAAAUCUAAGAAAAUGCCAUGAAUUACCAGGUUCAGAGAUUAGGGGAUGGGGAAGGGGGGAUUGACAUUUUCAUACACAGGUGACACAGGAUAUGUCAUGCUACUGAAAGAUAGAAAACUAAAAGAGAAAACCUGUUGUAAGGUUCAUGAAAUAUGCAUUGCAUUGUGGUUUAUGGGAUUGCCGGGGGGCAUGAUGCUAUCCAAGAAAGCAGCUUAUCCUUUGACCCCUUAGAGUGACCAGUAUCUAACUUCUCCCAACAGUAUCACUCUUGAAUAAAUCAUGAAGGUCAUGAGAAUCAAGGAAGUGAUCAACAAAUUCUCCUUCUCAGUAGCAAAGAAAAUGUAUAGAGAACAGUAUGGAGAAUAUGCAUACUGAUGUUUAUGGUUUAAAAUGUUUAUUGAGCAGCUCAGUCCCCAUAGGGUCAGAGUUUUCUUUGCCAGUUUCCCUUAAGAUUUUAUUUUUGUUUUUAAAGCACCAUGAAUUAAUUGUUCUUUGCUCUCCAGCAUGAUCCUGUGCCUGAUUACUAUGACAGAGUUGACCCAGAACACAGACAUAUAUACAAGUUUAUCAAGACUCUCUUUCAUGCAGCUCAGCUUACAGCAGAAUGUGCAAUAAUUACAUUAGUGAGUUGAGCAACAUAUUAAGCAUUCUUUUCUUCAAUAACUGUGAAUAUAUUAAAAUCAUAUAGGUGAACUGCAGAUAAAGAAGAAAAAAGAACUGGAAAAAUUCAGGCCUGUACAGGAUUUGAACCCAUGACCUCUGCAAUACCGGUGCAGUGCUCUACCAACUGAGCCAAUUGGCUUGUUAGCUUAUGGUUAGCUGAUGUGGAUGAGCGCCGGACUACUGUGCAGGAGGUCGGGGUUCAAGACCCAGACCAGACCCACACUCAGGGUCUUGAAAUAACUGAGGAGAAUGUGUUGCCUUUGCUAUGACAUUUGCAAGUGGUUAGACAUUCUAGUCCUCUUGGAUAAGGACGAAAAGCCGUAGGCCCCAUCUCCUGCAUCUUCUCAAUGCUGGUUAGUAGGGGACAUUAAAGAACCCGCACACUUAUCGCAGAGAGUAGGGGACAUAGUUCCUGGUGUUGUGGUCUGCCAUAGAAUCUGAAAUUGGGGGCAUUUGCUAAAUCUCCUUCAAAAAAAAUUUUUUAAACUGCUCAAUGCAGUCUGACUAAAGUCCCCUGCAAAGUGUUGUAAGGUGAAUUUGAUCAUAUUCAGAUGUUAAUUUGUGCCCAAUAAGUAAUAAAUUAUUAUAAUUAUUAUUUAUUUUUGUUUUUUUUUUGUUUUUUUUUUUUUUUUUUUUUUUUUUGUUUUUGAUAUCUUGUUGGUGUGGUGCUAUUAAGGGUCAAAGCCAGGUCUUACAUAUUUGAAUUUUAGUCUUUUCUAAUUUUUUUCUAAUUAAUUAAUUUUUAGUUUUUCCUCAAUAAAUUAGGUUUGUAUUUUUUUUUCUUCUUAUAACCUGUAGGUUUAUCUCGAAAGGCUGCUGACUUAUGCCGAGAUAGACGUUCAUCCUGGAAACUGGAAAAGAAUUUUAUUAGGUGCCAUUUUAUUGUCAUCCAAAGUAUGGGAUGAUCAAGCAGGUAAGACGAUUGCCAUUGCACUAUCCUCAUACCUUGAUAAAAUAUUAGGUUAAUGUAAUUUAAGAGGUUAGGAAAAAAUGUCCAUCUUCUUCCCUUAUCUUUGCUAAUUUUGCUUGAUUUGUUUUUCUUGAUAGUAUGGAAUGUCGACUACUGCCAAAUUUUAAAAGAUAUAACAGUUGAAGACAUGUAAGUUUGUAAAUAUCCAUAGUUAUUGUCCUAAAAAACCGCGCCUGGUUAGCUCAAGUUGUAGAGUGCUAGACUGCCGUGUCAGAGGUCAAGGGUUCAAGUCUCAGAACGUACCAACUCUCAGAGUCUUUAAAUAACAAUGGAUAACGUGCUGCCUUUGCUAUGACAUUCGCAAAUGGUUAGAAGUUAUUAGUUUUCUCGGAUAAGGACGGUAAACUGUAGGCCCCGUCUCUUGUAUCUUCUUUGUACUGGUUAGCAGGAGAAGUUUAAGAAGCCACACGUGGAGUAGGGAACAUGGCCUUCGGUGUUGUGGUCUGAACUUGUCUUGUGUGUUCGAGUUUUCUUUGAUUUAAAUCAGUUCGAGUGUAAUUGUACUUUUCCUCAUUUCGUUUGGCCUUCAUGUGUUUCUCCGAGUUAUCAAGGACGAUACAUAAUCCAGAUUUAAAGCUGAACUGGGCCAGCCUGUCUAAAUAGCGCAUAUAAAUAAAUAAAUAAACUGAUCAAUCGAAGUGCAAACCAACGACUGUGUGACAUGACUUCGUUUGUUUCAUAUUUGCAGGAAUGAAUUGGAGAGAGCGUUUCUCGAGCUAUUACAGUUUAAUAUAAAUGUGCCAUCAAGCGUCUAUGCUAAAUAUUAUUUUGACUUGCGAUCACUUGCGGAUGCCAAUGACCUGGUUUUUCCUCUGGAACCACUGAGUAAAGAAAGGGCAAGGAAACUAGAGGUGAGAUAUUUUUCACCAUACUUUUUAUUUACAGAUUGCAAGGAUACUUAUUAUCUCGUAAUGACCACUGUUUGUAUUAUUCUCAAGAAUUUCUAGAUUUUUUCGGUUAGAAGCGUUUCUGCAUAAACCAAUAGUGACAAAUAUUUGUUGAAAAGAUUUACAUCCACGAGGCGAAAUUAAAAACAUUAUGAAAAUCUGCUUCUGUGCUAGGUGGGAGAACGUAAAAAAAAGUUUUUCAAAAAUUUUUUAAUGGAGCAGAAUUGAAUUUGCUUUUACAUUUCUCAGACUAUAAAUUUAGCCUGUCUCUGUGAUGUUGUAGUUAGUACUCUGUUCGGUUGAUCAAUGCUUUUGAAAUAGUCAUCUGGCGAGCACCGUCAAGCGUGGGACGUGCAGGAAAACCAUGCGCGCAAGGUGGAGCUCCUCUAGUCUCGCGUGUCUCGCUUCUCGCGCUUUCCACGCGCUCGCGUCGUGCUUGUCCUCGCUCGCCUUAAAAAGACCGACGCAUUCCCUGUUGGUUAAUGCAUUGGUCUUGCUUUACAUUUACACACUCGGUCAUCUGACGCGUUUCACACCAAUUGCAUGACAGCGAAAACGUUUUAUGGAUUGUGAACAUUGUAAUGCUCUGUUUCUUCUUGCAGGCUCUUUCCAGUGUGUGUGAUGACCGCGCGCACGAUGUGACUCCGCCCAUUUUAUACCGCUCCAAAAGUGCCGAUGCUCUGAUCCCGCGUCGGAAAAGCAUGGCUAUUCUUUCAUGACGAAUUUUUCCAAACCGUAAAGGGCAAAAUAGCGGGUGAUAAGUCACAAGAGACCUGUAAGACGAGAGGAGCUUUACUAGCACAGUGUGCUCGGGGGGUGUUGUUUAGGUCUGUUGAGUAGCGCUGGUUUACACCUCUGGGGAGGCCAAAAUGUCGGUUGGACAUCUGGGAAAAAUUGACGACCACGCCUUGCGUGACCGCUUUCGCACCUCGCGUGACCGCUUGAUCAGCUUCCUGUGUCCCGCAAUCUUCCAUGCGCAUUGAGGAGACACACAUCCGCGUCACUUUGAGGAUCUUGUACAUUGGUAGCUUAUUUAAAAGGGUCUUUUUCCUGGCCCCAUCAUUUCCAACAAUGGCACAACUGUAGCAUAUUAGCGUUGCAUUCACAUUUCAAGCACCGACACUAAAUCACUAUUAAAGACGCGGCUACGUGAGGGAAAGACAAGGCCACUGUUGAAGACCUCACCAUACUAAAUUUAUAAAAAGAAAAGACUAUAAUCAGCCCAAAGCAUUUUGAUUCUGGAGUGAUACUUGGUUUUUUUUUAUGAUCAUCCAAAUAGUUUUGUCGACAUCGAGGUUGUUUUAGUUGUAACUGUUUCCACCGGUUGAUUUCUGAGGAAAAAUUUCGUGAUGAAGGAAUAGUCGCUGACUGUUUGUCACGCACGUAACCUUGCCUUUCUUACGCCACUCCUAGAGAGUCAUGUGAUUAGACCCGGACUCUUUUCGAAUUACAUUAAUCAGAAGAAGUUUAAAUGUUACCCGAUAUGGAGGUUUUUUGCGAGAAGUUUAACCAAUACAAAUAAAACCAGUCACCGACAAGAUUCAGUUAUUUCAAUGACGUCUGACCUUCU